UUUAUCUUAUUUAAAAUUAAAUGAUUAAAGAAUUGUUUUGUUCUAUUUUAUGAUAGUUACUAUCACUAAAAUUUAAAUAGUAUUCUGUUUUAAAUGAUAAAGCAGAUGCUUAUUGCAUUUCAGUUUAUCUGAGCACAAGACAGUUUAUUGUGAAAGUGCCUGGUCUCUGUUGACUUCAUAUUUAUAACACUUGGCACAGGAAAUAACAUAAUAAAAGGGAAAUAAGGUUUCUGAACAAUUGCGAUUUUUCUCACAUAUUUUAGGGAUUUUAUAUAUUCAUGGCUCAAAUGUUGAUAGAGGUUUACAUGUGAGACUCUCCUCCUUAUAGCAAUAGGAUAUUAAAAAUAAAAGUUAUUUUCUCUUACAGUUAACACUAACAGUUUUGUAAGACUUUCUUUAGGGAUGUAACUAUAUCUUUUGCAGAUCAUAGCUUAAUUUAUUAAACACUCCUAAUUAAAUAUGAGACAAAUGCUUUAUACAACUGGCAGAUUUUUUGUUGAUUAAUUUGGGAUCACAAUAUGUAUUCAAUUGUAAGAAAUGUUGGCUGACAUCUGAUUUUACAUUCCAAUUUAUCUAACUAGAUACUAAAUCUAAAUGAUUAAAAUAUUAAAUAAGUCAUUUCAAGUGAAAAAAGUUAACCCUUUCAAAUUUGCUGUGAAGUUAGCUUGACUUUAAUUAUUAGUGAAAAAUGUUCAAUGACAAGUAAACAGUAUCAGAGAGAAACACUUUGCUAAAUGUUUGUAUUUGAAUGAUUUUGUCUCUGCCAUAUUUAGGAAGCAGUCAUGUUUCUUGAGUACCCCAAACUGUGAGACAAGAGACUGUAGUAAAGUAAGGCUGGAAGUCCUUACUUGCUCAGAGAACUACAGGGCAACUUGGAUAGAACAUUUUACAUUAGGUUUCUGAAUGAACUUUGCUAAAUAUGGAUUCUGGUGUUGGAAGUCUUGGAUUGCAUACAUCAAACUCUAGAAUGGCUCAUACCAUGAUUAUGCAGGAUUUUGUGGCUGGAAUGGCUGGUACUGCACGUAUCGACGGAGACCAUAUUGUUGUUUCAGUUCCUGAGGCUGUAUUAGUUUCAGAUGUUGUCACAGAUGAUGGCAUAACUCUUGAUCAUGGCCUUGCAGCUGAAGUUGUCCAUGGGCCUGAUAUCAUCACUGAGACUGAUAUAGUGACAGAAGGUGUAAUUGUUCCUGAAACUGUACUUGAAACUGAUGUUGCCAUUGAAGAAGAUUUAGAUGAAGAUGAUGGUGAUCACAUUUUGACUUCUGAAAUAAUUACAGAAACUGUUAGAGUACCUGAGCAGGUUUUUGUGGCCGAUCUUGUUACUGGUCCUGAUGUACACUUAGAACAUGUGGUCCAAGACUGUGUUUCAGCAGUUGACUCUCCCACAAUAGUAUCAGAGGAGGUUCUUGUAACAAAUUCAGAUACGGAAACUGUUAUUCAAGCAACUGGUGGAGUUUCUGGCUCUACAGUUACUAUUAAAACUGAAGAAGAAGAUGAAGAUGAAGAAGAAGAAGAAGAUGAUGAUGAUGAUGAUGUCAAGAGCACUUCUGAAGACUACCUGAUGAUAUCUUUGGAUGAUGUUGGGGAAAAAUUAGAACACAUGGUGAAUACCCCAUUAAAAAUUGGCAGUGACGGUUCACAAGGAGAUGUUAAAGAAGAUGGAUUUGGUUCAGAAGUCAUAAAAGUGUAUAUAUUUAAAGCUGAGGCUGAAGAUGAUGUUGAAAUAGGUGGAACAGAGAUUGUCACAGAGAGUGAAUACAACAAUGGACAUCCUGUAACUGGAGUGCUUGACCAGAACCGAAUGCAGCGAGAGAAGAUGGUUUAUAUGGCAGUUAAAGAUUCUUCUCAGGAAGAUGAUAUCAGUUGCGCUGAAAUAGCAGAUGAAGUUUACAUGGAAGUCAUUGUAGGGGAAGAGGAAGGAACUUCUCUCCCUGAGACUCAGCUUGAGGACUCUGAUGUUAAUAAAACAGUUGUCCCUGUUGUCUGGGCUGCGGCAUAUGGAGAUGAGCGAAGAGUUUCCCGAAGAUAUGAAGACUGUCAAGCUUCAGGAAAUACUUUGGAUUCAGCGUUAGAAAACAGAAGUAGUACAGCAGUACAAUACCUUCAGAUUUGUGAUAGCAUUAAUACAAACAAAGUACUUAAGCAAAAAAACAAGAAGAGGAGAAGAGGAGAAAUCAGGCAGUGGCAAACAGCUGUUAUAAUAGGUCCUGAUGGACAGCCCCUGACAGUAUAUCCUUGCCAUAUUUGCACGAAAAAGUUUAAAUCCAGGGGAUUCUUGAAAAGACACAUGAAGAAUCAUCCUGAUCAUUUGAUGAGAAAAAAAUAUCAGUGUACAGAUUGUGACUUUACAACUAACAAGAAAGUGAGUUUCCAUAACCACUUAGAAAGCCAUAAGCUUAUAAAUAAAGUUGACAAAACUCAUGAAUUUACAGAAUACACACGAAGAUACAGAGAGGCUAGUCCACUGAGUUCAAAUAAGCUUAUAUUAAGAGACAAGGAACCGAAAAUGCACAAGUGCAAAUACUGUGACUAUGAAACUGCAGAACAUGGAUUAUUAAGCAGACAUUUGCUGGCUGUUCACAGCAAAAAUUUUCCUCAUGUUUGUGUUGAGUGUGGUAAGGGCUUUCGGCAUCCUUCUGAACUUAAGAAGCAUAUGAGAACCCAUACUGGUGAAAAGCCAUAUCAGUGUCAGUACUGUGUCUUCAGGUGUGCAGAUCAAUCAAAUCUGAAAACUCAUAUUAAGUCUAAACAUAGUAACAAUUUACCAUAUAAAUGUGAGCAUUGUCCCCAAGCAUUCAGUGAUGAGAGGGAGUUUCAACGCCACUUGGAUUUGUUUCAAGGACAUAAGACACAUCAGUGUCCUCAUUGUGACCAUAAGAGCACCAACUCAAGUGAUCUUAAGCGGCACAUCAUAUCUGUCCACACUAAGGAUUUCCCUCACAAAUGUGAGGUCUGUGAUAAAGGUUUUCAUCGCCCCUCUGAGCUCAGAAAGCAUAGUGAUAUCCAUAAGGGUAGGAAGAUUCAUCAAUGCAGACACUGUGAUUUUAAAACAUCAGAUCCAUUUAUUCUUAGUGGGCAUAUCCUUUCAGUACAUACUAAAGAUCAGUCAUUGAAGUGUAAAAGGUGCAAAAGAGGGUUCAGACAACAAAAUGAGCUCAAAAAGCAUAUGAAGACCCAUAUUGGAAGGAAGAUUUACCAGUGUGAGUAUUGUGAAUACAACACUACAGAUGCAUCUGGCUUUAAACGACAUGUGAUAUCAAUACAUACCAAAGACUAUCCACACAGAUGUGAAUUCUGCAAGAAGGGAUUCCGAAGACCAUCAGAAAAAAACCAGCAUAUUAUGAGGCACCAUAAAGAGGCUCUUAUGUGAUAUAAAGAAAAAAAACUAUUUAGGAAACAUGGCAUACUGCUUGAGAAGAAAAUCGCACAAAUUAUUUCAUCUGGUUACAAAACUUGAUAUUAAAUCAUAACUUCAUGGCUUUUGUAUUAAAGAUCUUAAGAUAUUUAAAUUGAAUCUCACAGCCCUUUGAAAAUCAUUUAAAGCAUUUAACAAGUACCAUGGAAUAGUUGUGAAAAAAAAAACACAACUUUUUAAGUUAAAUAUUUAGCAUAAUUAUAUAUAUAAUUAAAACAUAGAAAGAAAAAGCAAAAAUAAUUUACUUGCUUGACCAUGCUAGAGACAUAUGUUUUUGAAAAGGUACAUGUUUGAGGAAUUUAUCAAUUCUUUGCUAUGUCACAGAAACCUCACUUUUGUGCAAUUUUACAAAUGGGAUUGGGAAAUAAAAUGUCAUUCAAGAGUCACUUAAUCACGUAGCCUUUAUACGGUACCUAUAAUUUAAAUUCCAGAAAUAGAAGAAGGUUUGUGUUUUCAUUAAAAGAUAAUUAACUGGAAAAACAGGUUAAAUUAAUCCAGUAUUAUUGAAAAAGAGAAUUGCAGAGCUGCUAAGAAUUUAUCACAGGACAGUAUGUUUAAAAUAUAACAUUUUGUGUGCUGAAAUCUAAGGUGAAAUAGAAGGAUUAAAAUUCCUUUUUCUGUUCUAGUUGAUUGUUCACUAUGACAAAUGUGAUGUGCAUAUUAAAGUCAAAUGUGACUUUCUAAAAUGGAUGCAACAGUAAUGUUGUGAACAAAGUUAGCACUAUAUUUCAUAAUGAUUUAAAGAUUAAAUUGCAAGGACACAGUUAUUAAAUAUUAUGUUUAAAGUGUGUUUUUAGGACAGUUUUAGCGAGUAUGAUUGCUCUAGUCUUACUUGCUGUAAUGUUUAAAGGUGCAAUCUUAUGCCAUUAUUGAAUUUUUUAUUUUUAAUAUAUAUAUACAUAUAUACAUACCAUGUUAUUAAAAUGCAAUUAAAUUUGAGGCAGUAUUUAGUGGAGCAAUAUACUGCUAAUAAUUUGAAGGUGAGUAUUCAGUUUACAUUGUAUAAAUUUAAAUUUUGCAUUCCUUUAACAAGGCUUUGUGUUAGCAUGCCACAAAUCAAAUGGCGCUUAAUAUAAAAAGCAGGUUUAGGGAAAUUUAAUAAAAAGUCCUCUUCAUAAAUGUAAUGUAUAUGACAUGUACUUUUAUGUUUAGUUGCCUCAUGUUUACACUCAGCUGUUCAACAUAGAUAAAAUGCAAAUUUAUUUCAUGCUAUAAUGUGUCUUUGUUUACCUUUCUGUUUUUGCACCAGAUAUGAAUCAGUUCCUGGAGAGUAAUUUUUUAAAUAUUCCUUAACUUAAAAGUAUUAAAUUUGGAAAAUCAAAAUUGUGUGUCAUGUGACUGUAAACGACGUACACGCUGUAAAAGAAAAAUUGUUAUCAUUAUGUUGGAUUAUGAUGUUACUCACUGAAAUGAGUAUACAAUAAAAUUUUAUUGCAUUUCCA